GCCAACAAAGGAUCGACCGCGCCUACAACACUUUAUUAUACUAAAGAUAUUCAAUAUCUUGCACAUGAACCGAUACUUAAGAAAUUCCGAGAAUACAAGAUCUUUAUAAAAAAAUUAAAUAAGGCGCUCGGAAAACAACAACUGAGCGUCGCAAAAAGUUUAGAAAAGAACAAGCCG